CCCUUUUCUCCUCUAGACCCAAAUCGCACAACCCAUCUCUCCAUUUCCAUUAACUCCACUAUGUUUAGCUCAACUCCCACCUGGGUUCUCACCCUGGUCUUGUUCUUGAGCUUCUUCUCAUCCUACCAAGCUGUUGUGGAAGACGACGUCAAGUGCCUUAAGGGGAUUAAAGAAGCUUUCAAUGACCCUCUUGGGAAGCUCGACUCUUGGGACUUCACCAACUCCUCUGUGGGCUUCGUCUGCCACUUUGUGGGUAUUUCUUGCUGGAACGAUCGCGAGAAUCGAAUCUACAAUCUCGAGCUCAGGGACAUGUCUCUUUCAGGUACGAUUCCCCAGUCGAUUGAGUACUGCAUUAGCUUGCAGAAUCUGGAUCUUGGAGGGAAUGACCUUAAUGGAAUGAUACCUAAAGAUUUGUGUUCCUGGUUGCCGUAUUUGGUUACUCUUGAUUUGUCCGGGAAUGAAUUCACGGGUCCAAUCCCGGUUGAUUUGAGUAACUGUACUUUCUUGAAUAAUUUGAUUCUUUCGGAUAAUAAGCUUUCGGGGAGUAUUCCUUAUGAGUUGUCUAGCUUGAAUAGGUUGAAGAAGUUUUCGGUUGCGAAUAAUGAGUUGAGUGGGACUGUGCCUGAUGUUUUUGAUAGUUAUGACAAGGCUGAUUUUGCUGGGAAUAGCGGGCUGUGUGGAGGGCCGGUUAAGAAAUGUGGGGGGUUGAGCAAGAAGAGCCUUGCGAUUAUUAUUGCUGCAGGGGUGUUUGGUGCCGCGGCGUCAUUGUUGCUGGCUUUGGGGUUGUGGUGGUGGUUCCAUGUGAGGGUGGACAAGAGGAGGAAAGGAGGGUAUGAUGUUGGGAGGGAGGAUUGGGCGGAGAAGUUGAGGGCACAUAGGCUGGUGCAGGUUUCAUUGUUUCAGAAACCGCUGGUGAAAGUUAAGCUGGGGGAUUUGAUGGCAGCUACGAAUAAUUUCAGUCAGGAGAAUGUGAUCAUUUCGACUAGGACUGGGACUACUUACAAGGCGCUACUGCCUGAUGGGUCGGCGCUGGCAAUUAAGCGGCUUAGUACUUGUAAGCUUGGGGAGAAGCAGUUUCGGUUGGAGAUGAACCGGUUAGGACAGCUCAGGCAUCCGAAUUUGGCGCCCCUUUUGGGUUACUGUGUUGUGGAGGAUGAAAAGCUGCUGGUAUAUAAGUAUUUGUCGAAUGGGACUUUGUAUUCUUUGUUACAUGGAAGUGGUGAUGGAUUGGAUUGGUCAACUAGAUAUAGGAUUGGUUUGGGGGCUGCAAGGGGACUUGCUUGGCUUCACCAUGGUUGCCAGCCUCCAAUUGUACACCAGAACAUCUGCUCCAAUGUGAUUCUCCUCGACGAGGAUUUUGAUGCCAGGAUAAUGGACUUUGGGUUGGCAAAGCUUAUGACAUCUGAUUCUCAUGAGAGCAGUUUCGUUAAUGGGGACUUGGGAGAGCUUGGUUAUAUAGCUCCUGAGUAUCCAAGUACUAUGGUACCUUCACUGAAAGGGGACGUUUAUGGAUUUGGCAUAGUACUCCUGGAGUUGGUGACUGGGCAAAAGCCUCUUGAAGUCGGGACUGCUGAAGAAGGUUUUAAGGGUAAUGUAGUGGAUUGGGUGAAUCAUCUCUCUAGUUCUGAUCGAAACAAGGAUGCCAUUGACAAGGAUAUCUGUGGAAAAGGACACGACGAUGAAAUUCUACAAUUUCUGAAAAUUGCUUGUAAAUGUGUUGUUUCUAGGCCCAAGGACAGGUGGUCUAUGUACCAGGUUUACCACGCACUGAAGAGUAUGCGCAGAGACCAUAGUUUCUCUGAACAAGAUGAUGAGUUUCCUUUGAUUUUCCGCAAGCCAGAUCAUGAAUGACUGAGUUUUGACUUGAAUCAAUGAAGAAACAGGGACGACAAAGAUGCCAAUGUGGCGACAGAAAAUCAUCCUGAGGUAAGUUCUCAAAGGCCCAUAUGUAAAUGGUGUGAUCUUCAUUUUAGCUGAUUUUCCCUAUUUUUGUAGUUUAGCUGUAUACUACAAUAAACUUCCCGAACAGUAGGCCUCCUAUUAUUUGUUUGCCCUUUGUUACAUUUAUAUGUAUAUGAAACAAUAAUCAACUGAGGUGCAGUGAUAAAUG